AUGGGAGACAUGGAGACGAUGCUCGCAGAGGCCAGCACAAGAGAUGUACAUAUUCAAAUUAUCAGCAUCAUUGGCCAAUCUGUCGAGUAUCUCAAUGUAUACAUUGAGAAUCAAAAUGGCGAGUUGAAAACAUCAGUCUUUCAUAAAACAGCGGCUGAACCAGCAAAUGAUGCGAGGUCCGUAUGGAAACAAUUGGAUGUGGAAGCCUAUCAACAACUGCAUCGAAAGUUACUCUACAAACCAACACAACGAGAGCAAGAAAGACAAGAUAUGGAUUCUGGCAAGCGCACAACAAAACGAAAAUGUAACCAACAGAAGAAGAAAGGCUCAGUUAUCAUACACCAUACCUUUGAGAGUGGUCCAUUACUGGAUUUCAAAUCACAUUAUCGUCAAUUAUGGGAGAAAACACUAGCCUAUCAUGCAGCAAAGAAGAAUACAGAAAAUCUAAAUAAAAGCCCAUCAAUGUAUGAACAAGACGAAUAUCCGCGCUUGAAAAGAAAUCAGUUAACAUCAUUAUCUGAUAAUUUCGAGUGUACGUAGUGCUUCCUUGACUGAUACGAGUUUGUUUUGUGUCAAAGAAAACUCAAAGAAACCGUAAUAAUGACGAAAUCAAUCAAAGGCAAACUGAUUUUACUUGAAAACUAUCAUAAUUCUUUUCACAGUUAAAACUAUAUCGUAUAAUAUCUCGUCAUUGGUCGUAUUUUCGAUCAAUUUCUUUUUCUUCUCUUUGCUUCUAUAAUUUCUUUUUCUUUCGCUCUUGACCAAUCUCUUGCUUUCUCUUUUUUUUCUUACUUGUCACAAUUUCUCUUAUACACAUAUAUAUGUAUAUAUACAGCAGGUAUAAUGAACGAAAAGGAAACGAAAACGAAGAAGGAAAAAUUAAUGUGUUGAACUCUUAACUUCACAUUAUUU